AGUUAUGUAAACACAAUACAUUUCCCGGUUUUCCCCGUUUUAUAUUCCAGGAGUGACUGAACAAGAUGAAACGCAAAUAUUAACGGGUUUUUUGUGUCUGAAAACAAGAAAAAAGCUGGUGUUUUGACAUGGCUUCUAAUACAAAUGACAACGAGACGGAACCUAUUCUGCUGGUGAACAAACUGACCCCUCACUUUCUGUGUCCAGUGUGCGGACAGCUGUACAGGAACCCCGUCAUUAACAUCAAAUGUGGACACACGUUUUGUAAGAAUUGUGCCAGCGGCUGUUCUCAGUGUCCCGUAGAUAACGAACCUUGUGAUGCCAGUCAGCUAAUAGUAAACAGGCUUGUUGUUGGUCAAAUAGAUGAACUUCUGGUUUAUUGCAAGUACGGAAUUAGAAAGGAGAAUGGAAUUUAUGUAGUAGACCCUACUGGCUGCCAAGAACAAAUUGCCAUUGGAAAUCGACAUCAACAUGAAAAUGAAUGCAGUUUUAUCCCAAAACCUUGUCCCAAUGAUGUAGAGAAUUGUGGAACAUUUAGAUCAUCAGAACUGGACCAUCACCUUCAAGUCUGUCCUUACUUCGAAUGUGAACACAAAGACAAAGGGUGUGAAUUUCAUGGCAGACAAGAGGAAGUGGGUGACCACCAGGGGAGGUGUGGCUACAGGGGCCUCCCUAAGGCCAUUAGCCAGAAGGAUUUCAAAGACCAGACAAAAGCAUUAGAAUCAGAAAACAGAUGCCUUAGAGAGAAACUGGACAGUUUGACAAAGAGAGUUGAAGUUUUAGAAGGAAACAAAAACUCUUUGGAAUCUUCUUUAGAGCUGUGUUUAAGUAAUUAUCAAAAUUUGAGUAAGAAACAUGAAGCUCUGCAGACAAUUGUCGAACAACUGAUGACCACUCGUAAUCGACGAUCCAUGACCUCGCCAGGAAAUUCCGCCGAAGUGAUACGGCAGAGAUCAAGUAGCACCAGCAGUUUUUCAAGAGUACGUUUCUCUGGAGAAUUUGGUCCUAAACUGAGUCCUCUAGCAAAUUCAAAAACAGAAUCCUGGAAAAUGCCAUUCCAGUUCAAAUGCAUAGGAUCUCUCAGAGGCCAUAAGAAGGUGGUGUGGUGCCUGGCCCUGUACAAACAGAGACUGUACAGCUCUGGGGCCGACAACCUGAUCAAGGCGUGGGAUCUGGACGUACUCACCAACGGCUGUAUCAAGACCAUGGAGGGGCACACCGGGGUGGUGCACUCUAUGGCCACUUAUGAGAACUCACUGGUGUCGGGGGGAGAGGAUUUGUCCAUCAGGGUCUGGAACUUGGAUUCUCACACAGAAGAAAAUUGUAUCUUUAAUGCUCAUGAUAACCUGAUCAGCUCCAUGGUUGUUGUUGGGGACAACUUGUUCACUGCCUCCUACUCUCUCAUCAAAGUUUGGGAUAUGAAGACUCUCUCAUUAGUUCACACAAUAUCAGGGCUACAUCACUGGGUUCGAGCUCUCGUUGUAAGCCAGGACAAGGAAUGUCUAUACAGUGGAUGCCAUAAUACCAUUGGCAUUUGGAGCACCUCUGGAUCUUUCCAACAUUUAGGAAACAUUCCUCAUAACUAUGGGUCAAUUUACUCUCUGGCCAUAACUCAUGAAUUUCUCAUUGCAGGAACAUACAACAGAAAUAUACAGGUCUUCAAUUUGUCAAACAAUCAACAUGUCUUCUCACUUAGAGGUCACAUUGGGGUAGUGACCUCUCUUACUGUGACCCCAUCAGGUCACUUCUUGGUUUCCUCAUCCAGUGACCAGACUAUAAUGAUUUGGAACCUUGAGAAUAUGCUGCCAAUCCAGACCCUUCACCGGCACGAGAGCGGAGUCAAUGCCGUGAUUCUGUUCAGAGACUUCCUGCUGUCAGGCUCAGAGGACAAUGAAAUCAAGCUGUUUCAGUACUUCCAAAUGCAGAUGGGAUUUGCUCUACAGACGUAAACAAGGCGUGGUUCUCCUUGAUGCAUCACCUGUUUCUGUGCUUCACUCUCCUGUUUCAAGGCUCAGCAUCAUCACUACAUAUACCUCAUGUCUUUCAUUUAGAUUGCAAAUUUAGUGGACUUCAUGCAAAGUUGUAAAUUCAGCUGGUUUUUGAUUAAUGGUUGCAUUUAAAAUUUCAUAUUUACAUCAGCCAAUAAUUUUCUCCUCUGUAUCUUAAAAAACCAAAUGUGAUUCAUAGCUCUAUAGAAACUGACUGGACUGAAAUCUACAAAAUCCAGUUCUCACCAGUUUAUUGAUCAGUCAAAACCUUCAGCAGUACUGAUGCAGUCAUGUUCAUUAACAAUAAUUUAGUGUCUUUAAUUACUCUUUAUGAUCAAUUUAUUAAUUUGUUAAAAGAAAGCACUUUCUUUGAUGUUAAUGCGGGUUAUGAAGGUAACAACAUCACAGAAAAGCCUACAUAACCCGCAAAUGCAGGUUUUGUAUUUUUUCUGCAAUGUCCCUACCUUUAUAUCCUGCAUGACUCACAAAAAACAGAAUUUUAUUAUGAAAAUAAUAUUUCUUGUUAUGAACCUUUAGAUAAUCAGGGCCACCCAUUAUAUACAGGCAAGGGUAAUAUUCAUUGUCACUCCAGUUUGAUUUAUGCAUAUUUGUUUUCAUUCCAUAUUUAUAUGAUAUUUAUAGAUGUACACAUAUAUUUAAUUUGUAGACACUAAGUAUAAAUGUAUUUAAUUCCUAAUUUACAGUUGUAUGUCAAUUUUAGAUAUACAUUUUUUAUCGUGUUUUUUUAAUAAAAGAAUUCAAAGCCAUAUCUGUGUAGGUUAAUUUUUAUAUAAAUGUACACAGUAAUAGAAAUAAAAACAUCAGCAAUCAA